CACAAGCAUCCCAGACCAUUGUCAGACACGGUCCAGCGAAGGCUCGGAGUGAAAAAUUGCCCUCACUUCGCUGUAGGCGACAUGCCGUCGCCUUUCAAGUGGCCAAUUCCGUGGUACUGAACUGCUAGAGUAUCGAGAAUAGAGAAGAACGCUUUCUAACAGUAUCAUUCCUAGAGUUGCCUUUUUAUCGCGUUUUCCUGUGCGUGCUAGUGCUUUUCUGCUUUUCAUUGUGUUUGCUCUAUUGUGGCGCUGGCUUCUUUUCACUCAAACGGGAGUACAGCAUUUGUCCUGGGUACCAAAGCAAAGUGUCUAAUCUAAUCGGUCAAUUAUGAGCACGGUGGUGUCCGGUGAUGGCUGUAUCUUGCACUGUUCUUUGUAAAUUUGUACAAUCCUCUUCGACCAACUCUUAAUCGAUAAUCGGGCAGCGAUAUCAAGGUGGUGCAUACGUAAUUAUAGGUGCUUUAAAUCAUCUCCACCAACAAGUAUGUGAAGCCAGUGCUACGAAAGCCCUGGUGUGUGUGAAUCCCCCUAGUCAAGGGAUACGGUGGAAGGACUGGCUGCAGAGAGGUUCCUGCUGCUGUUCUUACGCCUAUUACUGCCGAGUGAAUUGACUGCAGUUCCGCCGUAUCCGCAGCCCGUGCUUACAUAACGUUGUUGAUAAUUAAUAUUGCAAAGACUAAUUCUUCCCAACCUCCACGUUAAAUAUGCACCGAUACGGCUAAAGUUUGUCCACCGUGCGCCCAGUGCCGCAAACAUGGCACGCAAAGUCCCCUUCAAGGUGGUGUUUGCUUCAGAUGAGGACUCGGAGUAUCCGGCCAGCGAGCUGAACAGUCACAGCCCGACCGUGCACGGCUGGCGCUCGAAUGCGGACAGCGCGGUCAGCCCGAAGGAGAUUGUGCUGCGAUUCUUCCACCCAGCCCGCAUCGUCCGCAUACAGGUGCUGGCCCAUCAGUAUUACAUUCCGGAACGCAUCGAGCUAUGGAUACAUUACUCGAGCAAAGCCGCACCCAGUACACCCUCCAGCCAGAGCUUCGAGUAUAUGGGCUUUGUGGCGCUGUCCGACAAUGCCAGCACGAAUUAUACCUCACGCGAGCUGCAGAGCGUGACCGUUGCCCCGAAGGUGGGCUCCCAUCUGAAGCUACGGCUCGGUCCCGCCCAUCCGAAUCACUUCAACAAGGACAACCAGGUGGCCCUGCUCGCAAUCAACAUACUGGGCGAGGAGCUGACCGCGGAAGAGCUGGCCGCAUCUCAGGGAAACGUGUCCGCACUGCUGAAUGCGGUGCCGGCCAACAUCGACACGCUGAACAGUUCGCUGGCGUCGGCCUGUGACGAUCUGUCCUACUCGAUGUACGUGGAGGAGAGCAUCUGUGAGGUUGUGCGCAAGAUGGAGCUGCUUAAGGUGCAAGCAGUUAAGGACGAACGGUUCGAGUACGCGCGAAAGCUGAAGCUCUGCAUGGGAGCGCUACGGACGGCCGGAGAGCGUCUCGGGCGGUACGCACUGGCCAAGCGGCAGGCGGUACAGGCGGAGGAUUUUACCACCGCCCGACUGCGGAAGGAGCAGAUCGAGAUGUACCGGAAGGCGGUGUUCGAUCAGCUGCGGGUGGAGCUGCUGCUCCAGAGCGACAAGCACGUGACGAGCAAUGACUCCUGUUCGGAGCUGUACGCUUCCAAGCCAACGUUGCCUUCGCCGCCCAGCCUGCAGGAUGUGGCCAGCGCACUGUCCGGUGACGCUACGCUACCACACGCGCACCAUCUGCACACGCAGGCGGGGCAGGACGGUACCAAGUUGCCGGCCGGCGAUGCAACGGAUUCUACCGCAAGCAAUUCCACGACCGGAACGACGACUGCGUCCGCUUCGAGCGGCGGAAGCGGGACGGUAAAGGCGGAAGGCCGCACGUCCCAGCAGAGUCUUACCAGGCCGGAGGAGAUGGCGCAGAGUUCACCGCUGCUGAGCCACAAAGGACGAAGUCCGAUGCGAUCGCCGACCAAUACGGGAUCGUUGCGGAGGCGCAACAAGAGUGCACCGCGCAAUAGCUACGAAGAUUACGACGAGCGAGCAAUUCCUACCCUGGGCACGCACGCGAACGAUUUCUUGCGAGAGUGUCAAGGCACGGCCAUGAUCGAGCAGGACGGUGGAAAGAUCCGGUGCAAACUGAACGAUCGCGAACGGCGGCAGGCAGCGCUGCCGAUACUGAUCUUCGGCAUGGAGCUGGUAGAGCUGAUCUAUUCGCGCCAGUUUACCGAUCGUGAGGAGGGACUGAUCCGGCUGCGGGGCAUCCUGAAGCACGAGAUCGAACCAGAACCGCAGGCACAGGCAGCACAGGCCGGUCCGAACAAGAUAUGCCGUGGUGCAACGCUUCUCCUGCACCGAGGAGUUCGCGAUGCAGUGUUUUCGGGCUUCAGCCAGGCGACGGAAACUGUGCGAAGUUUGUUCAUGGAGUUUGUUCCGAAUCGCGUGGCACCGAGCGAGGUUGCCCGAUCGGUCGAUCGGCUGCUGCCGGAGCUGCUGUCCAAGAGUGGCGAUCCGUCCGCGCGCGUUCACACACUAGCGCAGCACACGAUCCUGAGCAUCGCGGCCUGUCCGGAGGUGCGCGAGCAGCACCUCAUCGCACCGGCCCUGUCGCGGCCGGUCGGCAACGGGACGCAUCCCCGGCUAGCGCUGAGCCGCAUGCAGAUGCUGGAGCAGCUCGUCCUGAGCCAGGGCAUCUCGAACGACAAGCAGAGCGGGCUCGCCUGCCGAACGCUCUCGGAGGCCGGCUGCUCCGGCAUUCACCAUCCGGCCGAGUCGGUGCGAAAGGUCGCCGAGCGGGUGCUGCUGCUGGUGUACAAGGUGAACCCGCGGCUGGUACGCAAACAGCUCCCACCGGACGAUGAUAUCACGCGCAGGAAUCUGCUCUACCGGCAACUGUUUGCCGAGUUUGACAAGAUCGAUCUGCAGCGCAAAAAAGAUAUGCUGGAGAACAAACAGUUCUGUGGACCGACCUCGUUUACCGGCAUCUGUUCGCCGCCGAUGUCGAGCAGCUCGAAGAGUUCCCCACCGGUGGAGAUACGCAACAAGAGCCAGCGCUACGAUGGCCGCACAAUCGUCAGUUUCUCCGACACACAGACCGGUAGUUGGCAGUCUAGUUUCAGUUCCAUGAAAUUGCAGGAUACCCACUCGAGCCCGGUCCGGCGGCUGGAUGCGACGACGGCGGGCAUCAUCAAGAGCAAGAGCGGCCACGCCAUCGGUCAUCACCAUGGGCAGUGGGCGAUGGCAGACUCCCCGCCGGUUACCAGCGUCCCUGUGGAGGUGGAAAGCGCCCGGGACAGCAAUGGGGGCGCGUACUACGACAAGCUGGAACCGCUCGGUACCACCUGCAAUGGGAAGGAUCGCCCGAAGCUGUCCCAGCACAAGACGGCAAUGUACGACAGUACGAUCGGGUUUCUGCCCGGUGGUUCGGCUGGCGCAGAGAAUGGAACGGGCUCGCGCAAAAGCUCCAACUCGGACUCGUUCGACGGCAUCGAGAAUGAAAUCCGGUGUCCGUUCUGUGAUUGGAUUUGUCAUGGUGAUCCCACCCAACUAGACAAACACUACUGGAAGGCGUGCCCGGUGCUGACGAAAUGUCCCCAGUGUAGCCAGAUACUUGAGGUGGCGGCACUCUCCGGACAUCUAAUACAUGAAUGCGAGGCCAAAGCGAGCUACUUGUCCUGCGAACGGUGCACGGAAUCGGUACACAAGGAUCUCUACGAGUACCACCUGAUGGAGGACUUUUGCCGCGAGCUUACGACAGGGGCAGCCCGAUGUCCACUGUGCCACGAUGAUGUACUCCUUCCGUUGGACGGUGGCUGGAAGCGGCAUCUACUCAGCCGUGCCGGAUGCCUUGGCAAUACCCGGCGUCGUGCUCCAACUCAGUGAUUGCGGUACUGCCGGGCCCCGGAUACCCUACUUUUUCCCAUGUUUUUCAAUCAAAUACUCCUGGUGCACGAUUUAGGUAGAAAUGUAAUGCAAUCAGUGGUGUUAGCGUCUUAACAAAGCAACAAGUAAAGGUAAAAGCAAAACAGCGGUAGCUUUUUUCGUCGGACGAUCUUUAACAAGGUAUAGAAGCAUUAGCAAACAUCUCUAGCGAAUGUAGGAAGGCUAUGAAAGAUACUACUUAAAACAAAACAAAAACGAAGAGACUUAUGUGCUAAAGCAUUUGCAUGAUGAUUAGCAGCUAUUUUAUGACACAUCGUUUGAUUGCCAAUCGGAUGGAAGUUGCUUCUUUGUCGCACACCUCUUUACAGGAGGGAUUCGCUUCGAGCGAAGGAGCCUCAGCGAUUUGACACACUCACACAAACACAGGGCCACACAGCUGUAACGCAGAAGACUUCUCGAAAUACCAGUGCGCUAGCCACAAUUCGUUGCUAAGCUUAAUGGAACACGAACCAAACGAACUCGAGUGAAAUCAACCCCUCCCCAUACAUCCUUUUGGGGUGAAACAAAAAUCAGAAAUGUUAGAAAACAGAUUGUUUGCUAAGCAAAAAGCAAAACGGUACCAAAACGUACGUUCUUUGGCGCAGCAAAACCCGCACAUUCGAGAGGGUUAUCGCAGUUAAGGGUAUAAUUACUAUUAGCAGUUUUACAAACACUUUUAUCGGUAGUAUGAAUUUUGUUGUUUAGAUUUUUUAACAGCCUGCGAUAGCAGAUUUAACUUGCGACGGAAAGUACACCCAUACAGAUCAAACCGGCAACGGUCACGUUAAUCUCUAAUCUCAAUCAAAAACAAUUUUGAUCUCACGGCCGUCCGGUGUCGGUUUAGUAGUGGUGAUACUAAGGUGUUGAGUAUUACGUACACUGAUAAAGCAAAAAAAAAAAAUACAAA